AUGGGGAAGAAGAACAUCAAGAAACGUCAUUCAAAUUCGCUAGCCGACCAGCAGAAAGGAAGAAAAACAACACAGUUGGCUACAUCUAACGGAAAUCACAAACAAAAAGAAGCUGCUAAUUACUCAGUGGAUAAACUUCUAGAUAAAGCUGAGCAGCUAAUUGAUGAGUUUAAUUAUGAGCUUGCACAGAAGUUCUGUCAAAGGGCAUUGGAACAUGAGCCAGACAGUGUGAGAGCUCUGGAAACUUCAGCAUCACUGUUGUUGGAACUUGGGAAUACAGAGUCAGCUAAACAUUGUCUUGGUAGGGCAGUGGAAGUAUGUCCUGACUCCGGUUUUUCUAAAUACAUGACCCUAGGUCAGUUAAUGGAAGGAGCUUCUGCUGUUCAGUGCUACCAGAAAGGGAUUGAGCUAAUGCUGAAAGAAAAACAAGAAAAGGAAGCGCAAGAGGUUGCAGCAGCGGCAUCUUGUGAUGACAGACCAGUCACUGAUAGAGAUAUAUCUAAUGCCUACUGUUCUAUUGCUGAAAUUUACUUGACAGACUGCUGCUUUGAUGAGGCUGCAGAGGAGAAGUGCAAAGAAUUUGUAGAAAAGGCUUUAGCAGCUGAUGGGGAUAAUCCUGAAGCUCUGCAGUUGAAAGCUAGUUUUUUGCUUUCGAAACAAGAAAUAGAGGAAGCAAAAGAAUUGAUAAAGAAAAGUGUGUCACUUUGGUUGCCGAAGCUCCAAGCCUCUGACACGGAUACAGCUGGUGAUGCAGAGUUUGAUGCUGUAGAGAUAUGUCCAGUACCAUAUUCUACAAGAAUGCAGUGUGCAAAAAUACUUAUUGAGGUUGAAGAAUAUGAGUUAUCCACGGAUGUUUCAGAAACAUUACUAGAUGAGAAUGACGAAGUUCCAGAUGUGUGGUACCUUAUAGGAUGGGCCAACUACCUCCAGGGACAGGACUACUAUGGCAAUGCUAGACAUUAUUUACAUAAAGCAAAGGAGGUAUACGUGAAAGUGAAAUAUCAAGAUCUAGCUCUCUUAGGGCAUAUAGAUGAACUUCUCAAAGAAUUAGGACCAGGUCGUGAGGAAGAUACUGAAGGUGUUAAGGAGCCAGAUGUAGGUCUGGAGAUUGAAAGCUCUGAUGACGAGGAGAUGGAUCAGUAA